CCUCUCUUCUUCUUGAAUUUUCCGGCAAAUUUGGGCUGGAUUUCCAGAAAGCAUACCCUUAAACCGGCUAUUCCGCAGGAGUUACAGCAUGAUUAUCUGCCGUAUCUUUACUUUGCUUUCUGGAAGGCCUCCUUAUUACUACUAACGAAACAUAGAAUCUCUGCAUUCUUGAGUCAUGCACAACUCGGGAAAAAUCCCCGAUAGCCGAAGAUGGCCGGAUACUUGCCAAGACAAGAUACCAUGUAUCAUGAGGUACUCGUAUCUGAAUGAUACUGCUAUUUUUAGCUGCUGCGCUGUUCGGUUUCGUGGAUUUUCCAAGAAUGCAGGUUUUUCAGGUCUCCCGAGGGAGCGUUCUGAUUGCUCGUGUUCUACCAAAGUCUUUGCUGCAGUUGGGCUGGCUGUAUGCCUGUCUCACAGCAUCUGCCCGUGUCAACUGCAGUGUCACCGUUGCCACCACGAGUCAACACCAACCUUGUAUGAUUUGAAUAAUUCAACUAAUGAAGCUUCGUCCAGGGUCUUUUCGUUUCUGUUUCCUG